CACGUCUUGAUUGGUCGUCUCGAGCUGAAUCCUCUUGAAUGAUUUCAAACCCGAGUGUUUGGACAAGAGGGAGGAGAGAGGCGGGGGGUCCACUGAUAAUUCAGAGGCUGCUGGGUGGAAAGGAUUGAGUCGUCCGUCCACUAUCACACCGCCUCACUGAAGACGCUUUUAUCCGAGGAGACGGUGAAACACGUCCAAGAGGACUUUUCUCAUAGGUUGCGGGUUUUACUCGAACAUUCGCUGUUUUUGCGCGAAAUUAGGUUGAAUUCACCUAAACGUAAAGGAAGAAGCUGGCGGAUUUCACGUUUUCCAUCAUGUGAAUGUUGUGAUGUCCAGCAGAGACGGUGCACACUGUUACGGGUCGCUGUGUUUUUGCCGACAGGACUCGGUGAUCGGAAAUCCCUGAUAAUCGAUUUUAUAUCGCUUGUUUGUUUCUGACCGACUGUGACCACCAACUGUUGUUCCUGUGAGUAUUUUUAUUUAUUUUACCAGAUCAGUGGUGUCAUUUCUUUAAAAGCUCGGGUUGUGGAAGCACCACAGUCAUAUUUGUGUUGUUUAUUCUUUCAGUUUUAUUAUCGGCCUGUUGAAGAUCAGGGCAUUAUCGAUACUUUUCUGAUUUUUUUCCCUCUUUUUUGGACAAUGUAUUCAUUUUUUAACACGAUUCCGCAAUUGAGGUUAGGUUAGUGAGUUUCUGAGAGUUAAUUUUAAGCAGCUGCAUAAACGAACUGAGACUCGCAGCCGCCACAGUCAUGGCUAAAAAUCCGUCCGAGGGGCCGAAGGAUGACCUGAGCCAGCUGACGGACGAUGAGCUGCUGCGGUGCAGCAAAGACGAGCUGGUUAGGAAAUUAAGGAGGGUUGACGGCGAGAAAAUGAACUUGAUGAUCGAGCAUGGCAACAUGAUGAAGGACAUUAACCGGCGGCUGCAGGUGCACCUUCAUGAAAUCCGGAACCUGAAGGAGAUCAACCAGAAGCUCCAAGAUGACAACCACGAGCUCCGGGAACUCUGCUGCUUCCUGGACGACGACCGACAGAAGGGCAAGAAGCUGUCCCGGGAGUGGCAGCGUUUCGGCCGCUACACAGCCAGCGCCAUGUGGAAGGAGGUGGGCACCUACAUGAUGAAGCUCAAAGAGCUGGAGGCCAACCAGGAGACUGUGCUGAGGGAGAACUCUGAACUGAAGGAGAUCAUCCUCAUGCUGGAUGAAGAGAGGAAUGGGGCAGGGUCCCGGAGCUCCAUAGAUAGUCAGUCCAGCUUGACCAACCUGAACGGGGGCACCAACACGGUCAGGGAUGUUGGAGAUGGGAGUAGCACGUCCAGCACAGGAAGUGCCGGUAGCCCCGAUCACCACAAUCACAACCACAACCACAUGCACAAGCCCACAGAGAACGGUAAGAUGGGGACCACGAUAAGAAGAUCCAUGGAUGACCUAUCAGCGCCACAUCAUCACAGAAGCAUCCCCAAUGGACUGAAUGAUUCUUCCACCAACUACAUCAGGCAGCUGGAGACGAAAGUGCGGAUACUGGAAGACGAUAACAAUAAGCUCCUCUCACAGGCUUAUAGCCGCUAUAGCUUAUCGCAAAUACAGACGAGAAAGUGUAACCCAGGUGACCUUCGUGCCCUGAGGAAGGGAAUGACUCUGUACCACUCAGAGUCCCAGCUGUCCUCACUGCCCCAGCGCCAGGAAGCCAUGCACAUGGGGACUGGACGCCUACCAACUAGCGAGUCCUCUCCAGCUACAGGCUAUUUGUCCUGCGUCCAAAAGCCUGAGGCUGUGGUCCACGCCAUGAAGGUGCUGGAGGUCCACGAGAACUUGGAUAAGCAGGUUCCUGAGGACUAUGAGGAUGAUCUCAGCGAGAAAGAGAAGGCCAUUGUGCGAGAGAUGUGCAAUGUGGUGUGGAGAAAACUGGGUGAUGCAGCAGGAUCAAAGCUGUCCGUCAGACAGCACCUCUCUGGUAACCAGUUCAAAGGCCCGCUGUAGCAUAUCAGCCCUAGAGAGAGACGGAGAGAUAUCAGGAUCCACACUCACCUGAAACGCCACCUUCCCACCUGCACCUACACGGACCCGUCACGCCACCGUGCUCCCUCCUGCCGACAGCACCCGGCAUUCCUCCGGCAAACGCUCUCGUUUUAGACUGGCUACAGAAUGGACCUGUUAGUCUCGUUGUUCACGUGAACAGCGUCGCCUGUAUAUGUUUUUGGAUCUCUGCGCUGACACGUUGACAGCCGGCAGCUAGUGUCACCAACCCGCCACUUUUCCGCAUCGGUUUGGAGGCUUUCUCUUUUCUCUCUGUAAACAAACGCACCCCGCUUUCGCUCCUUUAGCGCUUAGCUGAGCUGUAAUAAGCUAGUGAUGAGACGUGGUUUCGAGCACAGGUGACGGGGGUGGGGGGGCAGAAGUUGGCAACAGUGAGGCGAUUAAUACUAGUUUCUAUAGAGAGAGACACCCCCAUCCCCUCCCGAGCUCCUGUCACAUGUAUGACCCCGCCUCCCCACUUCCUCCAGCGGUCAAUGAGUAUAACUAGCAUUAGCAUUCUAUAAUGUUAGCCAAGUGAAACCCACUGUGACCUAGCGCCUUUUUGCUCGUAAGACAAGUCUAUGGAUAAUAAAGUUUAGAAAUCGCUGUUAACUCGUGUAUAUUAUGUAUAAAACCAUAGCAUUACUUCAUUGUUUCUGUUGAUUUGACUUUAUUUUGUAUUCUAGCGUGGCCAUGUGAUCAAAAAUUGAGUUUUAAAAAGCACACACACCUACAUAUACACACACACAGACCUCAAACAGGGUUUGCUUUUGGUAAUACACUAUUUUUUUGUUAUUGUCAUUGUUAUCAUUAUCAUUCUUUUCCAGAUGAAUUGCUCUUACUCCUUCUCUCUGUAAUGUUUGUUCAAAUGUAUCCGGGCCAUUCUGAAUCUGCCGUCUCGCUCUGUUUAUUAAGGAACAGAUAAAUUUUCUUACUUUUGUGAAACGGGCUAAAAAUUGUAUGCUGUGUGCAUGCUUGACAAUCAUUCUCUCAGGUUGGGAGGGCUACAGCUUUACCUUUGCCCAUCUGUGACUGUGCGUGCAUGUGUGUGAGUGUGUUUAAGAGUGCGAGUCUGUGUGGGAGGAGACUGAAUGGUUGGAGCUGUAGCAUCUGCCUGUGAAUCCUCUUUUUUUUGGGCCAUUGAACCCUGGUUACAGCCCGAUUGAAGGCUGAUGAAGACAUUUUCUGAAUCCAUCCAAAAUAAAAUGUAAUUGCUAUAACUAAAAUAUCCUGAACCUCCCCACUCAGUUUGAUCUGCUCUGAAACUUUUCUUAUACAGUGGUUUGAAAAGUGCAUGUUUGUCACAGUUGCAGGUUUCAGAUCAUCAAACAAAUUUAAAUAUUAGAUAAAGAUAACACAAGUAAACACAAAAUGCAGUUUCUAAAUUAAGGUGUUUAUUAUUAAUGGGGAAAAAAUCCAAACCUGCAUGGCCCUGUGUGCAAAAAGUGCUAACUUUUUUCUUUUUCUUUUUUUUUUAUGUGGUUAAUUACAGGGGCGAUUACUUUUUCACACAGGAACUGGGAGGUUUGGAUAGCUUUUCUCUCUUAAUCAGUGAAAUCACCAUUUAAAAACAGUGUUUUAUGCUUACUCGGGCUGUUUUUGCCUAAUAUUAAAAUGCGUUUGAUGAUCCAAAACAUGUAAGUGUAACAAAUAUGCAAAACACUGGGAAAUCAGGAAGGGGGCAAAGAGUUUUUCACACCACUGUAUCUCUGACGAUAAGGGCAGGGAAAGAAAAGUCACAUAGAUGGAUAUUAGACCGUUUCUCGCAUCAUGGAUUCAGCAGGUGUGUUUAUGCAGUGCGUGUUUUAUUGAAGUUAUUUUUUCUUUUUUAGAAUAUGAGAUAAGUCUUCCCUUUGAUGUCUCCGUACCAUAAAACACUAACAUUUAAAACAUAAAAAUUUUUCUUGAUGUCAGAAUGAACAAAUACUGUUUGUCGGUGUAUUUAUUGCCAGGUGUAACAUAGUGAGAUAGAGAUGGGAGCGCAGUUGGUAACUGAACGGUCACGUUUUAAACUCAUCAGACGGAUUUCGUGUUAUUAAAGUUGUCUGAUGAGUUUGCCGAGUGACUCGACAGCUCAGGCUCUCCCAUCUCUAGUGUUAUUUGUUCCAAAUUAGAACAUUUCUGAGGCUACCCGUUUGUCCACCUUGGUACUCUCAAUUAAAGGGUUAAAAUAUAUAGAUAUAUAUAAUAAUAAUAAUCAAAAUCUGAUUUUUUUUAAAGUGUCCUUUUUCUAGGAACCGAUUUGAAGCCAUUAUACAAUUUUGAAUACUUUAUAUAUGGCAAAUGAUUUGAGACGUGCCACACUGUUUUCUUUAUUGUGUUUUAAUUUGGACCCAGCUGUAUAUUUAAAAAAAAAAAAAAGCAUCUGUAGUGUUUUUUUUCCUGCCUAUAUGCUAAAGCCACAAUACAGAAACCUAGAAUCUACAGUGUAAAUGUCUAUUCCUUUAGUAACUAGCAUGACUGGAACCUCUUUUCGUGGUUUCACCAAUAAAGGUGAAUAUUUCGCUGGUGAGACCGAAAACAUGAAAUAGUCCACUUUUAGAAACAUUUGGAAGAAAAUAAACAAGUUGCUUAAUGA